AUGAAGAACUACCGGGGCACCAGAAUCUUUCAGUUCGUGGGGAAAGCAGAGAAGGUGGUCAAGGCUGCUAUCGUGCUGUUUGAUCCAAACACCGAUGCAACACUUUGUCCAGACCUCACCACACCAAACAUCGUUGUGGUAAGAGCGAAAACCCACGAACAGGAUGUCCACCUGGUAUCAUUUUACUUCGAGCCCACACCCACGCCCAUUGAACCUUACCUAAACGAGCUGCGGAAAAUCUGGAAGUCGGUUGGCCCAAACGUCAUCUUUGCAGGCGACGCCAACGCCAAGAGCGACCUCUGGGGGGGCAAGAUAACGGACCGUAGAGGGGAGAGCCUAAUGGGGCUAAU